UUGAUGCCUGUGUUGGACGCCACAAGCCUGACAGAGUUGAGAGAUGCCAUCAAGCUGACCAUCUCAAGAUGUGUUCUCAACACAAGUCUAGUCAAAGUGUUUCUACGAGACCCAGUCAGCACACAUCUAGUGGACGAGAACUGUCGGACUCUGCCCAACAGUCGAUUUAUCAGUGAUAUCCUACAACAACGAGGCAAAACUCUGGUGACAGUCAACCACAACCAGGACAGCAUCAGGGAACUGCUGGGUACCCAGCACAACACUGACAACAACCACUCAGUUUUGCUGCUUCCAAUUCCUGAACGGGGGACACAGAAAACUAUAGGUCUAGUGGUGGUUGUGUCACAAGCUGGGGCAUUAUCAAGUGUUGAUCCCAAACGAGUUGAGUUGUGUUUAAAACAGAUAUCUGUUUCAUAUGAGGUUAUAAAAACGAAUCACAGUAAAGACAGCACACCACAAAUUUCUCAUUUACAGUCUUUGAUACAGCUCUGUGGGGAGCUAAAUGAUCAAGAUGCAGCUAAACUUGAGAUUAAAGUUGUUAGAUAUCUUCAACUGCACACCCAAGCAGAGAGUGGUUUUUUACUGCUGGUCGUACCAGAGACUCAGAUGCUCUUCUGUCAAGCUGUUGGUGACACAGUAUUACAAGAAGAAGUGCGGUUUGCUGGUCCAUCCAGUUGUUUUGGCAAGGCAUUAGAGAGCAAACAGCCUCUGACAUUAGCAGAUAUACCAGUGGAUCGGAGAUGUGAGGUUGAGAAAAUCAUCAGGAGACAGGUGUACUCACUUCUGUGUGUGCCUGUGGGCUUGAGUGAGAGCAAAGAUCUCCUAGCCUUAGCUUGUGUUGUCAACAAGCAGAAUCAUGAAGAGUUUAACCAGGCUGACAUAGAUGUUGUCUUACAGUGCUUCAAGUACACUGCUACUGUCCUCACCAGCACACUCGCCUUCCAGAAUGAGCGCAAGUUAAAAAACCAGACCCAGGCUCUGUUGUUAGUAGCAAGAAAACUGUUUACAAGAUUAGAUGAUCUAACCAAACUGUUAAGAGAAAUUAUGCAAGAAGCUAGAAACCUAACAGAUGCUGAAAGGUGUUCAGUAUUUCUGCUAGACAAAGACACAGAUGAACUGGUUGCCAUGGUAUUUGACGGGAUUACUGCUGAUGAUAAGGAGUGGCAAUUUGGGGAUGGGGUACAAGGUGAAAUUAGACUGCCCAAAAAUCAAGGCAUUGCAGGUCAUGUAGCAACCACAGGAAAAUUGUUAAACAUCCGUGAUGCAUACUCUCAUCCCCUGUUUUAUAGGGGCAUUGACGACUCUACAGGUUUCAGAACCAGAAAUAUAUUGUGUUUUCCAAUCAAGGAUGAGGAAGGUGUGGUGUUGGGUGUUGCUCAGUUGUGUAACAAAAAAACCUUCCAGUUUUUCACUACCUUCGAUGAAGAGAUCGCCUCAGCCUUUGCAGUGUACUGUUGUAUCAGCAUCAGUCAUUCUCUGAUGUAUAAAAAAGUGAUAGACAUCCAAUACAGGAAUAGCCUGGCCAAUGAGCUCAUGAUGUUCCACAUGAAGUCGCUCAUGUACAAGAAGUUGGUAGACAUACAACAUCGGCACAGGCUGGCUAAUGAACUCAUGAUAUUCCAUAUUAACCAGCAAGUGCCCACGGAGGAGGUGAAGAAGAUGGCAGAGACCCCCAUCCCACCUGUCACACAGUUCAACAUUCACUUUGAUUCUUUUGACUUCGCUCCUCGGACAAUACCAGAAUCUCUCACUGUUACUUCCUGUCUCAGUAUGUUUGAAGAUCUUGGUUUUCUCACACGGUGGAGGGUCAAGUUGGAAACACUGGUCAGGUUUCUACUGAUGGUGAAGAAGGGCUACAGGAACCCUCCCUACCACAACUGGAUGCACGCCUAUUCCGUCACACACUUCUGUUACCUACUGAUUAAAAACCUUCAUCUACAAAACUAUUUGGAUGAUAUUGAACUGCUUGCUCUAUUUGUGUCUUGUCUAUGUCAUGAUAUUGAUCACAGGGGCACAACCAACUCAUUCCAAGUACAGUCGCAAUCUGUGCUAGCAGCCCUCUACAGUUCUGAAGGUUCAGUCAUGGAGCGCCAUCACCUGGCCCAGAGCAUGUGCAUCUUGAACACAGAGGGAAGCAACUUGUUUGAGAACCUCUCCAGCAAGGAAUACCAGUGUGUACUGGACCUGAUGCGUGACAUCAUCCUGGCCACUGAUCUGGCCCAUCACCUGAGGACAGUUAAAGAACAGGAGGAGCUGGCUGAGAGUGAUGCCUAUGACAGAAACAACCCCAAACAUAAACAUAUCCUGCUCUGCCUGCUGAUGACAGCCUGUGAUUUAUCUGACCAGACCAAGAACUGGAACAACACCAAGCAUAUAGCAGCUCUGGUGUACCAAGAGUUCUUCUCUCAAGGAGAUCUGGAAAAAGCUCUAGGCAAAAACCCACUGGAGAUGAUGGACAGAGAGAGGGCCUGUGUGCCAGAACUGCAGAUUUCUUUUCUAGACAAUAUAGCUGCGCCUGUGUACAAGAUACUAGCCAGGAUGUUUGCUGAGGCCCAGACCCCCAUGCGGAACGUGGAGGAGAACCGCAAGCACUGGGUGCACAUAGGUCAGCUUCUCAAGCUGCGCCACGGCAACUCCACGCAGGCCAUGAGCGUGGAGCAGAUAAUUUCUAUAGAGGAGGAGGUGGACGAGCUGCCAGCCAACGGGGAUGUCCAAGUCAACGGACGAUGAUAAGAGGCCCGCUGAGGGUGGGGGAGAGGAUCAGUGGUGUGUGUGAUUCUAGUUUAAUAAUGUGUACAGACCUCGGAUAGGGCUGCCGCUACAGUUUUCAAGAUACGACCAGAGAUUUGAAAAUACAACAAAAGCUGUGAUUCUGAUUGGGUGAAGAGUUGUCCUUGACCCUAGGGCAAGGUUAACGACCUAGUUAAUUUAUACUCUGUUCCACAGUUCUGCUUGGAUCUAGUUCAGUUUUCAUUUCCACAGUUCAUUGUUAACUGUGGAACAAGAUGUGUACAUAAUCCUAAGUCAAAUAGACCAGGGUCACGUGACCAUUGGGCACUCUGAUGAUGGACUACUCUGCUGUUUAUAAUUAAUGAUCAAUUAAUGAUAAUUGAUAGAUAUUUCAUAUCAUUAAAAAAUUGCUUUUCAUUUGUUUUGUUUUCUUUUAAAAAUGGCAUGUCAAAUUUCAAUUUUUUUAAGACGUCUAGUUUUAAAAUUUAAGUUUUAAAUAUCAUAAAUAACAUAAAAAUUGAUAUUAUUGUAUAAACAUUUACAUUUUUAAACAUAAUGUAUAAAACUAAUAUUUUUUAUAUCAGAAGAAAUGGAAGUCUUUGAAAUUUUACACAGAGAAAAUAUUAGUUUCACAGGUUUUUACAUCCCACUUUUUAAAAAUUUAUUAGUUUUUUAAUGAAUCAUUUUUCUGCCUGGGAAACAGUGGAGUUGAGAUGUUUUGUUUAAUAAAUAUUUGACCUUUGAACUUAAUCAUCCAUGUUAAUUGCAAUAACCUAGUGAUAAGGUAUUAAGUGGAGCUGCCAAUUCUAGUCAACGCCCUUGACCUUGUCAUAAUGUAAGGGACAUAACUGAUCACAUGAAAUCCACAAUCUCUCUCUUCUGCUUGGUUGUUGUUACUCAGGUUUUUCUUGAAAUCAGAUCUCAGAACAUUUUUUUUUUAUUUUUGUUAUAAAAAAGUUCAUGAAACAUUCAAGUUAUUACUCUCUAAAAUAAAGAAAGAUUACAUUAGCAAAACUAUGAUCCUGGCUUUUAAAUAUAUAUAUCCCUUUCAUAGCUCACCUGUAGGUGUAUUUAAGUUUGAAUUACUUUUUAAAAUAGUUUACAAAUUUGUUGAUUUUUAUUUACUCAAGUUUCAGUUUAAGAAUUAUUAAUAUUUUCACCAGUAUAUAUCAGAUUGUUUUAUUGAUGAAAUAUGAAAUUAGCUUUGAGGAAUAAAUGUUUCAGUAUUCGUCUGAUUUUUUGAAUGGUAUAUAAAUAAAGCCAGGGUUUUUAAAAAUGUUAAAAUCAUAAUCAUCUAAUUGUUUUAAAGUUGAAAAAAAAAAAAGCUAUAUGUGAAUUAUUUUUUGCCCUAGCUCUGCACUGAUUUAAUUUUGUUUAGAUUUGUAUGUUUCUCAUAGACUAGCAUGGUGUCAUGAUUCACACUUUCUUGUGUCAAGAAUUCACUGGGUACCACAAUGUGGCACCACACUGAUGCUGUAUUAUGCACCAUGUCGACAUCGCAGUCGUUCUUUCAUUCAUCCAUACUUUUGCAUAAAUUAUCAACUUUGUUAAUUGUACACGACGUUACUAAACUCCUAUUUUCCGACAAAAUAGGUAAAGGGUGAGAGAUGUACAUAAUAUUAAUAAUAAUAGAAUAUUGCAUCAGUAGAUCGUGUAUAAGCUUAAAUAUUUCUCUUGUCAUUAGUCAUUGAAUGUUUAAUCUUUGCCACACAAAACACCAUUUGCAAUUCUUUAACGUGACUUCUGAUCGUCUUUGUCAGAUGGUCUGUGGAUUUAAUAUCUAGAUUUGUGAUCUUGGUUACUGAUUAGCUAAUCCAUGAAAUAAUUAGUCCAGUGCUUAACGAGGAACUCCAGCUUGAAAUAUUAGUCCAGUGCUUAAUGAGUAACUCCAUCUUAGCCACAUAACAGUACCAGAAAUUAGGAAAUGUAAAUAGUAAUCAAAGCCAGGUGGAGAUUGUGAAACCCCAAUUUCAAUCAUUACUGACUCAAUCAAUAACCACUGUGUGAUCUCAUUAUUUAUAAACUAAUAAUUCCUUGCAUGAUAUUAGCAUUAUUAAUUUUUUUCAUUCAUCAAUCAUUGUUGAUUUUAUUUAUUUAUUUAUUACAUUUUUAUUUGUCAAGCUGAUACCAUUUCAUUUAUAAAUAUGCAUUUUCUAAUUGUAAAUAUCCCAAGUUACUUGUGUAACUUCUGGCUAGUUUCUGAAUUUGGUAUGACACCUUGCAUUUAGCAGUCAGUUUAGAUUAGCCUUGGGCAGUUGCAUAUUUAAUAUAUGAACUUCUUAACAUGAAAAGUAAUCAGCUGAAAUAAAUAUUUAUAGAAAUGUUUAUUUCAAACUCUUUUUAAAAUACAUGUAGCAAAUUUUGUAAUGAUUUCUCCUCAUGGUAAAAACAAGAGGUGUUUUUGCAAUAGAUAAAACGAAUUACAUUAGCUGCAACUCUAAAGUGUUUAUUUCUACUAGCAGCUAUAAGUCUAAGUGUGCUAUUGAUAUUUUAUUUAAUUUUUUUUUAUAUAAAUGCAAUUUUCAACUUGUGAUAUGAUUGCUUGGUGAAUCAAGCACUUUUGUUGUUAACAUUUUUUGGUUAAGUGAAGAGUAAAAGUUUUUUCAUGUUUUGAUAGUGGGCGUGGAUGGAGUGACAGAUUCAAUCUUUGUAUUGCGUUAUAAGAUGGCAAGAGCUGGUAGUAUAUUUACUCAUAAGGGGAAGGAAUGAUUGUGGCAGUUAACUCAUCUUCAUUUGACUUUUGUUUUCAUUUUCAUCCUAGAUAUUACUUUACUAUCAGGUAUUUUUCUUGACCUUGUUAGCAUAAUGUUUGGAUGCAUAAUUCUUACAACUGGUACUGUUUUUUAAAUUAAAUAACAUUUUUAUUGAUUUAAUUAUUAAGUUAUUUUUUCUUAGUUGAUCCCAAUGCUAUUUUAGCCAAUGAAAUUUUUCUGAAUGUGAGAGUGAUUUCCCUUGCCAGCUGUGAACAGACAGGUCCAUUACAUUUCAGUAUUUUCUUGUUUUAGUUUUUCUUUCCAUUACCUCAAUCGGCAUUUGUGUGUUCCAGAACUUCCUUGGUUUGAAACCUCCCUACCAUGCUUCAUUCACACAAACCUACCUGCCACCUUUCUCUCACACAAACCUACCAUGUUUCACACAAGUUGUAGCCCCUGGUUGUCCAGAAACCUACUGACCAUCCAACUCUUGUAGCCACUGGUGACCAUAGGUAGCCAUCAGUAGCUAUAGGUAGCCAGAUGAAGAGAAGUAAAUCCAGUGUUUAAAAUCUGAGGUGUUUAUAUGCAUAAUAUUGACACAAAUCUAACAUGCAAGCUCUGUCCAAAUUGUGUCAUUUUGUAGACUUACAUUUUUUCUCUCUCUCUGCACUUCAAAGUUUGUUUCUUUGUCUUUUAACAAUGAAUUCCAUGUUUUUCAACCAUUGGAUCAUUCUCUCCACAUACUUGUUAUCCUGACUGUUAUCAAUGUUAGAUUUAGAAGUGCACUAGUAGAAUAUUUUUUUCUGUACUAAAAGCUCCGGGCUAGGGUUUUAGUCCCUGUUGAUAACUUGCUUGUGAUCUUUUUUAAGGAAAGUUUUAGCAACACCGUGUACAUACGUAUUUUAUUUUAUAUUUUUACUUUGAAGAAAAGAAUUUGUUUUGAACCCAAGCCUAACCCGUUUGGACUAGUAUUUUUAAAACUUGUAUUCUGUUCACUCUUUGACUUGUUGAUGUUAUUUUGAUUUUUUUUAAAUUUUGAAUUGUUUUGUUUGAUUAAAACUUUCCAUUCUUAGAAAGAGAA